UCUGCCAAUAGUUUAAGUGUGACUGAAAGACUUUAUUCUUGUCAAAGACCAGUGCGAAAUGAAACCACUUCCUGUGUAAACUUAACACUUUUGAAAAUGCUAAUAAACAUUUCAAAGACCCCACCUCAUCUGUGAAGACGUAGUGUCCGACACAGUGGAUAAUGGAUUUAGAGGCUAUUUAUGAAAAUGUUGAAAGCAGAGAUAUUAAGAACACAACUGGACCUCAAACUCAGAGUCAAGGCCAGGAUGAAGGAAAAGAUCUUAAGCGCAGAGGAAGUAGAUGUUUGGUGUUGAUCACAGUGGGUCUCGGGCUCAUUUGUGUUCUUCUGCUGGUCUUCAUCAUACUGCAGCACAUCACCAUCACAGCAGAGAGAGACCUGAUAAAGAGUUACAAGAACACAGUUGAAGAGUUCAAUCAAACCAUCAACAGCUUACAGGACAGUUACACUGAUCUGAUGACUGAAAAACACCAACUGCAGAACAACUUCAACUCUUUGAGUCAGAAGAAACAGGAACUGGAGAAUAGAGUAGCUGCUCUGAGUGAGGAACUUAAAAAAGAAGCAACUAAGCGAGGUUGGUUCUUCGUGUCCACUGAGUUGAAGAGCUGGUCUGACAGCAGACAGUACUGCAGGGAUCGUGGUGCUGAUCUGGUCAUUAUCAACACUGAAGAGAAGCAGAGGUUCAUAUCUUCAUUCGUCAGUGAGAGAGUGUGGAUUGGUUUGUCUGACACAGAGAACGAGGGCAUCAUGAAAUGGGUGGAUAAUUCACCACUGAAACAAGGAUUUUGGCUCAAAGGUGAGCCAAACAACUACUAUGAGAAUGAGGACUGUAUUGAACUGAAUUAUAAAAGAGAUCAGGUGGAAAUGUCACCGCUGAACAGCUGGAAUGAUGUGCCAUGCUCUGAGAAGAAAAAGGGGAUUUGUGAGAAAUAGGGUUCAUCCCGUCUUGUGGUCUUGCUUUUAUUAUCUAAUAUAAUCAUCCUUAUUGUCAACACAUAAGUUCUGAUUGAGGUCCCUGCCUUUUAAAACACUGUCAGCUGAUCUGAAAUUUGUUAGAAGGAAAAUGUAAAAGUGUCAUUAUUUUCUUAUUGCUAUAAUAACCUUUGUUUCACUUGAUGUGAAUUCAGGACACAAAACCUCUGAUGUGUUCAUGUUUUGCUCCAUCACAAGCAGCUCUAUAUUAAUAUGAUCUUAUUCUAGCUGCUAUCUUGAGUCUCAUUUGUUGGUCUGAAGUGUUGAGGAGACAAUCACAGUAAACUACACAAGUCUAAAGUGUCCAGAUC